AUGUCGUCGACGAAGGGCAGCGCCGGUACAACGAGGUGGACCAGGUCGAAGGGUCCAGGGGAUUGUGACCCUGUUGUUGUUCUGCCUACGGAUCAGAGGAAGAAGAAGACUGCCGCAACCGCGACAAAGGCUAAGAUUAACAACGUUCUAGCCAUAGCGGAGCAGGCCAACAUUACGGAGCUGCUGCGGACAAUCCUGGCACAGCAGAAUACGCCGAGGGAUGUUGCAGGGGAAGUUCAGGUGCCUGAACAGAAUCAAAUUCAGGGCAAUUUCGAGUUGCCACCACCUGAAGUAGGACAAGGGCACAAUGUUGCCGAGCUAAGAGGCGUUAAGCUGCAAGUGCCAUCAUUUUCUGAAACAUCAAUUAGCAACCCUACGCCAAGCAUAAUCACUCCGCUCCUAGCAUCAUCGUCCACCUCGGCCACCGCCUGCUCGACCACCGCCUGCUCGACCACCGCCUCGUCCUCCUCUAAACCUGCCACCGUCUCGGGGUUUCAUGGUUCUUCUUCUUCGCUGCCGCUGUUACAGGGAGGAUCGCCGAGCUUAACCAGGAGACAGUGGGAAGAAAUUGAAGAACGCCGCUGUUAUUGGGGCAACGUUCAAAUCCCAGGCGGCGGUGGGAAGAAAUUGACGACGAGUGACCAGGUUGUUCCAUUGGUAUCAGAGCAGGUCUUUGACGUGGAAAUCGAUCCAAGGCUGGAAAAGCAAAGCUCAUCUGUUAGAAUGCUAAGCCAUCUGUUUCCAAUCACUUAA